AUGAGCUUCGCCGACACCGAACGAGGAACACGAGCUUCGCCGUCUGUUUCGUGCUGGAGGAGACGAAACAGAGCAUCGUCAUUGACGAGCACCAGAUCGAGAAUCGAAAGCCGCGGAGGAGGACUCGGAGGACACGAUGACCGCGACGACGGCUGCGCAGAUCCUACCGCCUCGGGUCGUGGAGAGGCUGGCCCGAAAGAAAUCCGAGAGGACCAACACUGGCAUCGAUUCAAAUGGGGGAGAUUCUAG